AUGGUGGCAGAAGGUCGAUAUAUGCGCAACGGAAUGCACCAAACCCGUUUCUUUAGGAAGAUAAACUGUACCAAGGCCACCGACAGCCGCAAAACGGAAGAGAUUCUUCAGCGCUUUGAGACCAAGGAGGAUGAGGAAGACACUCGACCACAGCGGCAGGUGUUGAAUGAAGAGGGCAAAAGGUCGCAGUCCACCUUGGAAUCCGACAAACAACCUCACAGUAUGAGCAAGGGGAAAUUGUUGACGACACCAUCGCGGCUUUUCAAAUUGAUCAUUCCGUUAAAUACCAUUGGCAACCAAAACCAUGGUCAAGGGGUUGAACCCAUAGCUAUUUUGGUGCAUCCUCAACAGCCGCUCUCGUAUUUGGAGCGGCUAAUUCAGUCAGAACUGCCACCAAUCAAGGGCGAGCAUGGGAAACCACGAGCACCAGCAAUUUCGUUUAUUGUAUUGCAGCAUGACGACAGUGCAAUCAAACCAAAGAAGAAGAUUCCAGGAGACAUGGAUAUAGAUGCCGGACAACACGACGCAGAGUUGAAUGAGGAUAUUCUCGACAGCGAGAAGCACCCUGGGAGUGGAGUACCUGCAGAGCGCCGACGAAGAUCCAGAGAAGAAGAUGCAGAGACAUACAGCUAUCCGCGCAGGACCAACUCCGACGAAGCCGAAGCCGAACGCUUUGUGCGGUGGUCCCAAGCUACAGAGGUGGGAGACUUCAUCCGCGACGCAGCGCGGGCACGCGAAUUCAUCGUCACGAUAGAAGGGGCUCCAUCCGGACUGGGUCAGAUCCGAAUUGGAGUUCCGUCGUUUAGCGAGCGCACCCAUUUUCUUCGCAUGCGGCUGCGCAAGCUCUCACGGCGAAUUAAGGGCAUUGCCGAGAUCAAGCACGAAUGUGAUACGCUUGCUCACCGCGGCGCGCAACGCGUGGCUAUUGGCGGGUUCGGGAUACUGUCGACGUGGUGGUACAUAGUGUACAGAUUGACCUUCGAGACGGAUCUGGGCUGGGAUACUAUGGAACCAGUCACCUACCUGGUCAGCUUGUCCACGCUGAUGGGCGGCUACCUGUGGUUUUUAUACCAUAAUCGAGAGAUCUCGUACCGAUCCGCGCUUGAUUUCACCAUCAGCGCCCGGCAGAACAAACUUUACCAGCUGCACAAUGUCGACCUUCAAUUAUGGGAAUCUCUGAUUGACGAGGGCAACGCACUCCGUCGCGAAAUAAAGAGCAUUGCAGCCGAGUACGACGCCGAGUGGAAUGAGCGUGCCGACGAGCAUGAUGAGUCAGUUACUGAGGCUCUGAGGUCGGAACGACGCCACAAGAACGGCAAAAGUAAUGGCAAAGAUGGCAAAGACGGUAAAGACGGCAAAGACGGCGGGGACGACGACUGA